AUGGGGUUAUGCUCGUCUAUGCAUCAUGAGACUGAAUUAUCAGCAUCUCUUAGAUUAAAAGCCAUUUAAAUAUUCCAAAAAAUUGAUAAAGAGAAUAAAGGAGUGAUUGACAAAAAGACCACGCAAUAGUUUUGGCAGUCUAACUUUGCUAAAAUUAAUACUGAAGCUCUAUUUAAAGCAGUAGAUUUUGAUAAUUCGGGUGAUAUCACCAUUUAAGAGUGGCUGACUUUUUGGAAAAUAGUAAAGAAAACUGGAUAUACUGAAUAGGAAAUUAAUGAGGAAGUAUAGCAAAUGUUCUAUAAAUAGCUUGAUGAAUUAAUGCAAGGGAAAGCGUGGGUUUAAUUUAGAGUAGUAGAUCAAUUUAUUUAAGUUGAUAAAAAUAGGAGAAGAUCACAAAUCCCUCAAAUAGUGAUGUAGGAACAAUAAAUGACUUUGAGAAAAACUAAAACAGCUGAAAUCAAAUGA